AUCUGUUACUAAAAUAACAGUGUUUCUCAGCUCGUUCAGUCAACCAGUAAGAAAUUCCCAAUCGCUUAUAAAAUGAACACAAAAUUCUGUUUGUUGUUUUUGCUCGUUGUGUGCAUUGCUGGUUUUGUGUCCGCGAAGCCACAAGGAGGCUCUGGCUGUGGGCCAAAUGAGGAAUUCACAAGCUGCGGCAGCGCCUGCCCGCCAAAAUGCAACGAGGGUAGCGGUCCAAACUUUUGCACCCUGCAAUGCAUUGUCGGAUGUCAAUGUAAAACUGGUUAUUUGUUGAAUGAUCAAGGUUUAUGUGUGCAACAAAGGGAUUGUUGAGUGACAAACAAUUAUACUUAGAUUGACUUAAGCAAGUAAUGACGUGUGAAAAAAGCAAUCGAAUGAAAUGUUAUUGUUUGGAACUAUCGGCUACUGGGUGGUAUGAUAGUGUUAAGAUUGUUAAAUAAUUGCAAAUAUCUAAAUAUGUCUACUAUACAAAUAAAAAAUUAAAAAAAAAAAA